AUGUCGUCUAUAAAUAGUAGAUUUAUUUCAGAAAGUGAAUUAGAGGAGCAACGAAAACUAUAUGGAGGCAAAACAAGAGAAGUAGACAAUGACAAUAGGACAUUAUAUGAAAAAUUACAAGAUAACAAAAGAAUAAAACAAGAAGCAUAUAUCGAAAAACCCAAAUUCAAGCCAUCUCAAGGUCUAGACCAAGAUGAUAUUCAAUACUACCAAGAAAAAGAUAGCAUUGAAAAGGAAAAAAAGCAACAGGAGCUGGACGAACUCGAAAAAGAACUUGAAGAAUUUAAAAAAUCACAAGCAUCAAAUAUUAUGAACAAUUUAUCCUCAAAAUUAACAAAUACCACAGCCACCAACAAUAGUAAUAAUGUUAAUAACACAUCACCAACUAUUACACCUACAACAAAUAAUAAUAAUAAUAAUAAUAAUAAUAAUUCUGCAACAACCAAAAGAAAACUUGUAAAUAUUAAAUUAAAACCAAAACAAACCAAUCCGAAUGAACAAGAAAAAAAUGAAAAUUUAAAAAAUGACAAGAAAAAAGAAAUGGAAAAUGAAAGUGAUGAAAAUGUAAAUAAAAAAUUAAAAAUCGAAAAAGAAACAGAAACAGAAGAAAAAGAAAAAGAAAAAACAGAUAUUAAAUCCUCAUCUCCUCAACCAAAGCCAUCCUCUGCACCAGCACUUUUAAUGGGAAAUUAUAGUGAUGAUGAUGACGAUGACGAAUAA